CGAACACGGUCCUCUACUUCAAUCCCUCGUGCGUCGUGUGCCCUCCGCCUCUCCACCAUUCCCCGCCGCUGCUGCGUGCGCCCGUGUGUGCUAUUUUCAAAAAGUUAGCUACUUCCAUAGGAUACGUCACCUCCGACGUGUUCAUCCAGACUUGGCUUCCCACCGCAACCGCAAGAACAUCGCAAUCAACAAACUUCCGUUGCAACAAGCUCACUCGCUUCGCACCAGCACAAAUCGCCCUUCCACGACUUCGUACAGCACCUGUGACUUUGACUAGUCAUGGCAGUCCCUACGCAGUUGGCCUUCCGCACCUCCAAGGGCAUCGGGGUUUUCAACGCUGCCCCCGUCUACGAGACACUCCCGGGAUUCAUUCGACCCGAGGGCAACCUCAGAUGCUGCUGUUACUCUCCGGAUAGCAAAUAUUUCGCGUGGGCAUCACCCGAACAGGUUUCGGUUAUCGAUGCUUCCACCGGCCAUGUUGUUACCAUCCUCCCGACGCCCAAUGUUUUCGAGCUCGGCUUCUCUCCUUUAGGCACCUACAUCAUAACCUGGCAGCGCCCCACCAAGGACGAGGAGGGUAAUGCUGUCAAGAAUUUGAAAGUGUGGAGGACCGUCGCCGAUAAUGGCUCGGAGCAGACUGUCGUCGGCCAAUACGUUCAGAAGUCGCAAACCGGUUGGAACCUACAGUACACCUCGGACGAGCAAUUGUGCGCCAGAAUUGUCACCAACGAGGUGCAAUUCUACGAGUCGGGAGAUCUUGGAACCGUCUGGAAUAAGCUUCGCAUCGAAGGCGUUUCCGACUUUGCAGUAUCACCGGGAAAGAACCAUUCAGUUGCCGUUUUUGUCCCGGAGAAGAAGGGAAUGCCCGCCGCUGUCAAAGUGUUCCAGGUUCCCCAAUUCAGCGCUCCCGUCUCGCAGAAGACGUUUUACAAGGGCGAUAAGGUUCAGCUGAAGUGGAACCAGCUUGGAACUAGCUUGAUUGUGCUCGCGCAGACCGAAGUCGACAAGACCAACAAGAGUUACUAUGGCGAAACCAACAUGUACAUUCUUAGUGCAAAUGGUACCUUCGACUCAAGGAUCCAGCUAGACAAAGAAGGACCUAUUCAUGAUGUGUCGUGGUCACCUAACUCGAAAGAGUUCGGUGUUGUGUACGGAUACAUGCCUGCGAAAACCACUAUCUUUAACCAACGCGCUGUCGCUCAGCACAACUUCGACCUCGGUCCUCGAAACACUAUUCUUUUCUCUCCUCACGGUCGCUUCGUUCUUGUCGCUGGCUUUGGCAAUUUGGCAGGACACAUGGAUAUCUACGAUCUUGAUAAGAACUACAACAAAGUUUGCACGAUCCAGGCUGCCAAUUGCACUCACUGCGAAUGGAGCCCCGAUGGAAAACAUAUUCUUACAGCAACCACGAGUCCACGUCUUCGUGUUGAUAACGGAGUACGUAUUUGGCAUGUGGGCGGCGGCCUCAUGUACAACGAGGAGAUGGCUGAGCUUUACCACGUCACCUGGCGUCCUCAAUCAACGCUCACCCAUCCUUUGGAGAACCCUCUUCAUCCCGUGCCAACCCCACACCCGUCUGCGUUGGAUUAUUUGAGCAAGAUGAAGACUCCCUCGAAGCCCGCCGGCGCAUAUCGGCCCCCAGGAGCACGAGGCUCCGCCACACCUAACCUUUUCAAGCGUGAGGACGAGGGCGGCGAAGCCUACGUCAACACAGGUAUCUCCUCCACGGCCGCAGGAUUUUCCAACGGAUUUGGUAAGCCACGCCGUCGCGAGGUUCCUGGGGCCGAGUCUGUCGAUACUCUACCUCCAGGUGCCGCCCCUGGAGGUGGUGUCAGCUUGGCUGGAACUGGUGAGGGCGACGAGGGUUUGUCGAAGGCAGCUUUGAAGAAUAAGAAGAAACGCGAGGCUAAGAAGGCCAAGGAGGCAGCAGAGAAGGCAUCAGGGUUGGCUGCAGAUGGUAUCAAUCCUCCCUCAGGACCUGCUAGCGCUGGCCGAAGUCCCGAGCGACGCGACGCAAGAGGUCAACAACGCAGUCGAAGCAAGAACGGCGGAUAUGGCAAUGGCAGAAGCCCAAGUCAACACCGCAACUUCCAUGGCAACAGCCCCCAUCGUCGCCAUGGCUCUGGAUACGAUGACCACAACAACCACCAUGGUCACCAGCAGCCCCACAAUCGCGGCGCUCCCCAUCACCAGAACCAGCACAGGCAUCAUCAGCAGGGACCUGGACCCAUUACUGUUCCGCAGCAUACCCAAGGCCCAACUCCAGACCUGACCGUUACCAGCCCUGGAGGAGGUGGCCCUCAGGAUAAGAAGAUUAGAAGUCUUUUGAAGAAGAUCAGAGCCAUUGACGAUCUUAAGAUGAGACAGGCAGGUGGCGAAAAACUGGAGGAUACGCAAGUGAAGAAAAUCAGCACGGAGGAAACCAUUCGCAAAGAGUUGGCAGGUCUUGGUUUCUAUGAGAACUAGUGGUGCUGCUAAGCCAUGGUUACCUGUGGCGUCUUCACAUAAGCGCACUGUUGGAUACUCCGUAUUUGUUGUUGGUUUUACGGACCUUUGAGUGUAUUGAUCCGGAGUUCCCAGGACCUGACCAAUCUAGUGUUAAUGGCGAUGUACCCUUCGUCUUCAAACAGGCUCUUUCAACAACCUUCCUACAUUCGGAAGGUAGAAUGUUAUCAGAUGGAAAAAUGAGAAAUCGAAAAGUUGUAUCAAAC